AUGGAGAAAACUGCGUCAUCAUCUUUACAAAUUCAGCCCCCAACUUAUGGGAAGUACAUCACCAUUCUCACCAUUGAUGGCGGUGGUAUCAGGGGGAUCAUCCCUGCAGUCAUCCUUGAAUUCCUUGAAUCCAAACUUCAGGAGCUGGAUGGUGAGGAUGCAAGACUUGCAGACUACUUCGAUGUCAUUGGUGGGACAAGCACUGGCGGUCUUGUAACUGCCAUGUUGACUGCUCCAAAUGAAAGUAAUCGUCCUCUCUUUGCCGCCAAGGAUAUCAAGCCCUUCUAUCUUGAGCACUGCCCUAAAAUUUUUCCAGAGGAUAGGGGCGUGCUUGCACCAAAAUUUGAAAGUGUAUACAAUUUAGUGAAAGGACCCAAGUAUGACGGGAAAUACCUUCACCAGAUUUUAAGAGAGAAGUUAGGAGAAACUCGACUGGGGAAAACCUUGACCAAUAUUGUUAUUCCUACAUUUGACAUCAAGCUUUUGCAGCCUACCAUUUUUUCAUCCUAUGAGCUGAAGAAGAUUCCCUAUUUGGAUGCUCGACUGUCCGACAUUUGCAUUGGCACUUCCGCAGCUCCGACCUAUCUCCCUCCCCACAAAUUCAUUAACGAAGAUAAAGAAGGAAAGGGUAAAGAAUUCAAUCUUGUUGAUGGUGGAAUGGCAGCAAAUAAUCCGACAUUAGUUGCCUUAAACCAAGUGAGCAAACAGGUGAUUGACGGAAAUCCUGAUUUCUUCUCCAUCAACCCAAUGGACUUUCGCCGCUUUCUAGUAAUCUCAAUUGGGACUGGCUCGGAAAAGAAAGAACAACCAUACGAUGCUGACAAGGCAGCCAAAUGGGGUAGUCUCUUUGGUUGGUUACAUCAAGGUGAUUCUGUCCCAUUGGUUGAUGUGUUUCAACAAGCAAGUGCAGAUAUGGUUGAUUAUCAUAUCUCUGUGGUGUUCAGAACUCUUAAUUGCAAGAGCAAGAAUUAUAUCCGCAUUCAAGAUGAUACUUUGAAAGGGACAACAGCUUCAGUCGAUGUUGCUACAAAAGAGAACCUGGACGACCUAGUGGAUAUCGGGCAAGAUCUAUUGAACAAACCAGAAUCUAGGGUGGAUUGGGAGACAGGUCUGACUGUAACAAUCGAAAAUGGUGGCACUAAUGAGGACGCCCUUAAAAGAUUCGCAAAAAAACUUUCUCGAGAAAAGGAACGUCGAGAGACAGGAAAGAAAGAUCGAGAGAAAAGAUCAUCAAAUACAAACAAGAAGUUUCCUGGACACAAUGGAAUAUCGAUCUCGCCCAAACUAUAG